CCUGCGCUUUCAUCUGUCACCAUUGCACCAACUUCCUCCCCCUCCUCCACCGAGACCCUCUUGCAGAUUUCCUACCGUAGUAGCCAUGUCUGCUGCGAGCGACAAGGCCCGUUUCUACCUCGAACAAUCCGUCCCUGAACUCAAGGAAUUCGAGAAGAAAGGCAUCUUUACCGCAGAGGAAAUCACUAGCAUCACCCGCAAACGUUCUGACUUUGAACACAAGAUCAACGCUAGAGGCUCAACUCCUGCAGACUUCGCGCGCUAUGCAGAAUUCGAAAUCAACGUCGAUGCCCUUCGGCGUAAACGGGUCAAGAGGUUGGGGAUCAAGGCAACAAAUCACACUGGCAAACGCCGCAUCUUUUUUGUCUUUGACCGGGCGACGAGAAAACAUGCGGGCGAUGUGGACCUGUGGAUGUUGGCUAUAGACUUUGCGAGGAAGCAAAAGGCCUAUAAGAAAUUGCAAGAGAUGCUGACCAACGUAUUGAGACUUCACCCUACCAAGUCUGCCCUAUGGAUUUAUGCCGCACAGGUUGCAGUUGAAGACAAUGGCGAUAUGGCCGAGGCGAGGAGUUACAUGCAACGAGGCCUCCGGUUCUGCAAGAACGUCAAGAACAUGUGGCUGCAAUAUGCCCGCCUGGAAAUGUCAUAUAUUGCAAAGAUCCACGCUAGGCGGGAAAUGUUGGGAAUCACCGACCAGGAAAAUCACAAGGACACGCAGCCACUGGACACUGCCAUUGCCCCCACAGUCACAGAUACAGACAUUGUCCCGCAAGCAGACCGACAUCAGAUCGACACAGCUGCUCUGAAAACUCUGGAACAAACUCCCGUCAAGUCUGGGGCUAUCCCCAUGGCAAUUUUCGACUCUGCUAUGACUCAGUUCCAAGAUCCUGAUCUCGCACUUGAUUUCUUUGAGAUGGUUUCAGAUUAUGAUCAGACACCUACUUCCCGCAUCGUCGCCGCCCAUAUUGAAGAAAAACUGGCCGGGGAAUUUCCACAGAGCUGGCAGGGUCAAGCGUGUCGUAUUCGAGCACCAGUUGUUGCUCUGGACAAAUCCGACCCUGAAUUCCCAGUGGCGCUUCGACAGUCCAUAACACGCUUGAGAGAGGCUAGGGGCAACCCUUCUAGCAGGAAACUCGAUCUCAACAUCAGAACAUGGCUCGAAAAUUUGAAGAAGGAUGAGCCGGAGAUGGACGAAAGCAUCAGAAUCGUGAUGGACUCGGUUCUCAAAUCGUUGCAAUAGUUUCAAAUGCUUACAGUCACAAUGGUCUGUCAAUCGAAACCACCUGAAGCUCGUGACUGCU